UGUCUUUCAGUUUCACUUCAUAACCUUGUUUUGGAAUUAACGUAUAUUCAUUGAAAAAUCAAGUUCCGGUUUAACGUUAAAUCACUCAUGAAAAAAUGGAUUCAUCAAAAUUUUAAAAAGAUCAGAUGGUCCUGUUGAAGAAAAAUUGUUGGAAAAGAUUUUUUCAAAAGAACACCUUUUGGUUCCGGUGCAGCCUCACUAACUUCUGAUGACGGAAAUCCACAAAAGAUUUUAUCAACGGAAUUCAAACAUACGAAACUUGAACCUCACAGUUCAUCGUCAAAAUGCUCUAGUCUCCAGUUUUGGUUUCAUCAUGAAUGGUAGUCCAAAUUGACAUCUUCGCAAUGCAAUUGUUAUUGCUCUUGUGAUUUCAAGAACUACGUCCAUAUGGAACGCUGCAAAAGUACACUAUAGAUUCUCGUAUAAAGAUCAUCACAGUGAUCGGCGUCAUAAACUAUUGCUGCAAGCGUUGUGCAUACAAAUUUAAAUCUGUACGUAUUAUUGAGCAGUCACGAUCGAACGUGUUAUGUAUUCAAGGACCCACGAGUGCUGUAGAUGCUUGGGAUAUUCGGUUUUCCUUAACGCUAUCCUUAGUUGUUGUUUUCUCAUUGAACUCCUUUGAAAACCAAAAAAAAAUUGAUAAAAAGUCACGUCUGCGUUUUUAUUGAUAUUGCACGCAAAGUAAACAUUUUGACGGGCUGCAAAAGGAAUACGAUAACAAUACGAGAUCUGGCGAAAUUCCAAGCAGGGUAAUACUUACGUGGGCGCAGUAGUGAGUUUCAUUCUGAAAUGCAAUACAGACGAAUUGCCCGGUAGCAUUCUCAAUUCUAAGCCAAAGGCUCGCAUGCGAAUCCAACCGCGACGGCGCACUCGGUACGCGUUAUCUUGGAUCAGCUGCGCUAUCGAAACGACGAUCGGAGCUCGUCGUGUGAGUCAGCCAGCUAAAAGCCGCGAGCUCUCGGUGGGAUACGUGUGCAUUGGGCAACAGCCAGAGGCUAACACCGUGGUUGCCCGACCGCCGAAAUGCGGCUUGUUCGAGGAGCGUCCUGCGAAAACCUCGACGUUCCGACGCUACUACGAGCGCGGCAUGUUCCCGAUUGCCCUCGAGGCCGACGCCAGCGGCGGCCAGAAGAUCUCCUGGAAGGUCGACCUCGACAAGCUCGACUAUCAGUUCUAUCUGCCGUUGUUCUUCGACGGGCUGACCGAGGCUAAGGUGCCUUACAGUUUCAUCGUGGAACAGGCGAUCCUCGAGAUGCUCGACGUCAGCGGCGCGGGCGUCCAGGUGCUGCCCUGCCUGCCGCAGCUUGUCAUGCCUAUCAAGAGGGCCCUCGACACGAAGAUCCCGGAGGUGAUCUGCAGAACUCUGCGAAUCCUGCAGCGUCUCGUUCGCUGCGGCAACUGCAUCGGCGAGGCACUCGUGCCCUAUUUCCGGCAGAUCUUGCCUGUGUUCAGCCUGCUCAAAGAUCGCAACGUGAACUACGGCGAAGGCAUCGACUACUCGCAGCAGCGGGGCGAGAACGUGGCCGACCUUAUCCAGGAGACGCUCGAGGUACUCGAACAGUACGGUGGCGAGGAUGCCUUCAUCAAUAUCAAGUACAUGGUGCCUACCUACGAGUCCUGCACGAGAAACUAACAGCUACAGCGAUUGUCAUUUUGGCCACUCAUUAACCCCCGUUUUUCUCCUUUAGGUCGACUGUUCAAAUUCCAGCUAGUCGUUGACUUGUUAACCCGUAUUGUAGACGAUAUUUUACAUAUUGCACCUAUUUUUCUAUUUAACAUUUGCAAAUUAGAUGGUAUUACGUGGUAUUGACACGUUUUGCAUUAGCUCGGGCUCCUCUGAUGAUUAAUUUUAAUCUACACUGUUAUCCAAACCAUGAACCACAACUUUAUUCAAUAUCGUUUAUGUAAUGAACAACGCCAACCAUUUUUGCAUUACUAGCGUUUUUAAAUUAUUGCAUUUAAACGCUCUAUUUAACUUUAUUAUAAACUCAUUGUCUUUGAUCUAGUCGCACAAAUUUGAAAAAGUCUCCAACAAAUUACCUCCAACUCUUGAGCUUUUUAGAGUAUUGCAAUAGUUCAAUGUGUACCAUUAAAUUUGCCUGUUGAAACUACCUGUGACGUAAUAAAG